CCGCUCCCGGGGUCCGCUGCCGGUUGGCCCAGGGUCCCCGGGAAGGCUUCUCUCGGCCUGGCUCGAGCGCCGGCGGUUGCUAGGCACCCGCACAACCGCCGCCGGACGACCCGAAGAGGCGGCGCCCGUCCCGAGGGCGGGAGCGACCCGGCGAGACCGUUGUUUCAGCAAAAUAUCUGGUGGAGUUCCUGGAGCCAUGGCUAGCGCUGACAUCAAACCAAAAUCUAUAAGUCGUGCCAAAAAAUGGUCAGAUGAGAUAGAGAAUCUAUACAGAUUUCAGCAAGCUGGAUACAGGGAUGAAAUUGAAUAUAAACAAGUGAAGCAAGUUGAUAUGGUGGAUCGUUGGCCAGAAACAGGAUUUGUGAAGAAACUUCAGAGAAGGGACAAUACUUUCUAUUAUUACAACAAGCAAAGAGAAUGUGAAGACAAAGAAGUCCAUAAAGUGAAAGUUUAUGCAUAUUAAUUUUGUUAAUCCCAACUACACUGUUUUGUUUUUGUUUGUUGUAAGUAUGUUGCUUUAAUCUAUUUGAGUUUAUAAAAUGUAAGGAAUUAAACAAGGUUUCUGAACUAAUUUGUCCUGUUUUUAAAUAUAGCUGAACAUUUUGGGGCGGGGGGAGUAAUAAUGUAUGUUCAGCACCAGAUUUUCACUGAGCUUUUGAUGAGGUCCAUAUAAUUAGAAGUGCUAAUUAUUAUUUAGUGCAUUACAUCUUUAAUGUACUUUACUGACAGUAGCUAACUAAUUCUAACCACAACCUUGGGAGACAGGUAAAUGUUAUUAUCAUCAGUUUACAGAUGGGAAAAUGGAGGCAGAAAGAUUAAGUGACAACCACAAUAUCAUGAGUGAGUCGAUGUCAGACCCAGGAUUAAUGUUUGUUAAAGGAAAUCGAAUGACCUGGGAGUAGGGGCCAAAACCAUGCUAUGGAUUAAAAACUAGUUAAGUCACGGGAAACGGUCGUAACAAAUAACUUUCUCUCUUAGCAAAGAGGAGUAAAUAGUGAAGUAUCCCAUGGGUCCGUGGGUUUUUUUAAUAUAAGUAUUAAUGAUUUAAAGGAGAAAGUAUUUAGUGAAUUGGUAAAAUUAGCCAAUGAUACAGGACGUUGGACAGCAAAAACUAAAGAGGAUUAUGAAGAGUUAAACACAUGGUGGGGUGAAGGGAAUAUUGGGCAGCAAGGUGUCAAGUGAAAUCUAAUAUCUUUCUGGAAGUAUGUCAAUUAUAAUUCUGGUUUUAGUGACAGAAAGAGAUGGGAUUAUAUUGGUAGCAGCUAAAGAGUAAAUGGAUUAAUAUUUUUCCAGACCUAAACACCACAGUUUUGAAUAGAAGAGAGAGAGUUGUGCUCUGUGGUGUGGUAUUAGAAAUAGAGGAGCAGAGGUGUCUGUCCUUUAGCCUGAAAACUUAAGGGCAAUGUACUAGGGGAUUAAAAAUAUCACAUUUUUGACAAUGCUGUAUCCUUUUGAAGAUCACAUAAAUGAAUGAAACUACAGAUUCCAGGGUUGCUCAACUUGCUGGUGAGGUGCUCAGACCUCAGAAUUCUAACUGCAGUGGUCUAUAGUAGUCCAUUUUAUUCUUUUGCAGCUGUUUUGCUUCGUUUGGUGUCUGUGCAAUGAAAGCUAUUAAACUCUAGCACAUGUGCGUUACAUUAAUUGAUGUAAAUUAAAUAACAUUCCAAUCUUUAGUACUAUUUACUGUAGCUCCUUAUCUUCUGUUAAUCCUUUUGAUAUAAUCCUCUGGAUUCUAUCUGCAAAAAUAACUGUCAAAAUGGCAUUGUGAGGUCCAUCUCGAAUUUAGUCCAUAUCAAAUGUAUUCAGUUUAUAAGGCAAAAGCUGGACUCCCAAACCCACAUGGACUGCAAGCUCAACCUGGGAUCUGGCAAUCAGGCUGGGUUCUUUCUCGUCCCCACAUUAUCACCUAACUCAAGUGAGUUAUGUUACAGGUAAAGUUGUGAUCCAUUAGAUUGAGCAUAGAGCUGAGACUCAAGAACCUUGGAGUGAAAUCCUGGCCCCACUGAAGUUAAAAUGUGUUGUGCUAUUGUCUUAAUUGAUCUAGGAUUUCACCCUUGGCUUCUGUUCCCUGCUCUGCUAUAGACUCAGUGUGGUCGAGCGGCUUAACUUCCCUGUGCCUCAAUUUCCUUAUCUGCAUGACAGAUAAGCAUUAUUAUUUAGUACCACUCUAGUCACCAAAAAGUAAAGAUUCUAUAAUUAUUGCCCAAUUAAGAACUCUGGUGAUGUGAACAGAACAGAAUCCCAUGCCUAGAACUGUAUUGCUCUGCAGUACUACCAACAGUAAAAAGGAGUAAAAACUUAUUUUGCGACCAUAUAAUGCCAUCAGUUUUUAAACAGAGCUCCCCAUUGAAAACACAGCAUGUCUUGUUGUCAGAGAAGUAAGAAUAUUGGAUUUGGAGUACAUAUAGAGAACACAUCUGUUGAAUAAGAAAAUGCUGCUUUUAUGUAGACCCUUUUUUGACUAUACCUAAACAUCAAGCCUAUAUUAUAUGAAUUGUGAACUCUAAUGGAUUUCAAUGUGUGUUUUUUCCCCCUCCUUUUUUAAUGCAUUAUAUGUAUGCUUCUAUUCUCUAUUUUGUCUUUUAUAUAUAAUGAACAGUAUUAGUUUUGUUUGUGAAACUAAAGACUUUUAAUAAACGAAGGUGGGGAUUUA